GUUGGAACUCCUCCAACGCACCCUCACCAACUAAGACACCACCUCCACUUCUCCCUCCCUCUCUCUCUCUCUCUCUCUCUCUGUAUCCAUCCUCCUCUUCUUGGGUUUCUUCUGCUCUGCAGCACGGACAUUGUUUGCCUCCAUUGAAGCCCACGGGUGGUUCUUGUCUCGCAUCCUCCGGUUCAAUACACAACAUUAGCAUAAGGGCGCCCGAAUAACGAGAAUGAUCAUCAAUAUCAGAGAGUCGACUAUGGUGUGUCCGGCUGAGGACAUGCCAAGAUGUACCCUGUGGAAUGCCAACGUGGACUUGGUGAUCCCGAGCAUGCACACGCCUAGCGUGUACUUCUACCGGCCAACCAGAGCAGCUGACUUCUUCGAUUCCGGAGUGCUGAAAGAGGCACUGAGCAGAGCGUUGGUGCUGUUUUAUCCAAUGGCCGGGCGAUUGAAGAGGGACGAAGAUGGCCGGAUCGAGAUCGAUUGCAAUGCCGAGGGCGUGCUGUUUGUUGAGGCUGAGACGAGCUCGGUGGUCGAUGAUUUCGGGGAUUUCGCGCCAACUAUGGAGCUCCGGAAGCUUAUUCCCCCUGUGGAUUACUCUGAUGGGAUAUCCUCGUACCCUAUUUUGGUGCUACAGGUUACAUACUUCAAGUGUGGGGGAGUUUCGCUUGGUGUUGGCAUGCAGCACCAUGUGGCCGAUGGAUUAUCUGGUCUACACUUUGUGAACACAUGGUCUGAUUUGGCUCGUGGACUUGACGUUAAGCUCCCUCCAUUUAUCGACCGGACUCUUCUGCGCGCCCGUAGCCCACCACAGCCUCAAUUCCCUCAUAUCGAAUACCAGUCUCCACCUGCAUUGCGAGUUUCUCCUGAAACUACUAAUUCAGCUCAAUAUAGCACUACAGUUUCUAUUUUCAAAGUAACUCGGGAACAGUUAGGAACCCUGAAGACAGAGGCAGAAUUAGAAAAUGGAAACACGGCUAGUUAUAGCUCCUAUGAAAUGUUGGCAGGUCAUGUUUGGAGAUGUGCGUGCAGAGCACGCGGACUUGCUGAUGAUCAAGACACUAAAUUGUACAUUGCAACAGAUGGACGGAUGAGAUUGUCUCCACCACUUCCACGGGGCUAUUUUGGCAAUGUGAUCUUUACAGCCACACCAAUUGCUGUUGCAGGCAAUCUCCAAUCAAAACAAGUAUCGUAUGCUGCACAGAAGAUCCGUGAGUCAUUGGUGAGAAUGGACGACCAUUACCUAAGAUCUGCCCUUGAUUACUUGGAGCUCCAGCCUGAUCUCUCGGCACUGGUUCGUGGGGCGCAUACUUUUAGGUGUCCAAAUCUGGGCAUUACUAGUUGGGUGAGGUUGCCGAUCCAUGAUGCGGACUUUGGUUGGGGCCGCCCUAUCUUCAUGGGGCCUGGCGGGAUUGCAUAUGAGGGAUUAUCGUUCAUAUUGCCUAGCCCAACCAGCGACGGGAGCUUGUCUGUUGCUAUCUCAUUGCAAACAGAGCACAUGAAACUGUUUGAGAAACUCUUGUACGACUUCCCUGGUGAGUCACCACGAAAAAGGUGCAAGCUUGACAACUGAGUGUUCGGUUUCUAAUACCAAUGGAAACGAACUUUUUCUUUCCUUUUAUCUAGUUUCCUCAAAGAAAUCUUUUGCACAUAUUAUUCAUUCGUCAUGCAUAAGUGCACCAAUGCGGCUGUAUGCCGCAAUGGGAUCGCAGUAUGCAUCGCACAGGACUCAAGAGAAUUUGUACUAUAUUUUGAAGUUCAAUUUAUAAUCUAAAGCUAGAUAUGCUUUUCUGC